UUUUUUUUUUUUUUUGCCUUUGUUCUUUGGGAGCCUUAGUUUGGAGCUGAGGGGAAUUUGGGAGUUACUGCCUUGGGGUGUCUGGGAUGUACUGCUAGAACUUAGAACUUCCACCCUUCCAGUGCUACCAAGCAGGUGAAGGACAAUGUCUGCACGAGGCUCUGCAGCAGCCUUGGGGCUCAGUUCCCAGCCCAGCUGCAGCACCCCGGUGCCUGCACCAAGGAAUUCCCUCCUGGCACAGCCUGUCCCUCCUCCACGGAGCUGCUCCCUUGCCCUGCUCGGCCAGGAGGACAUCGUGGAGAGCUACAGCGGGAACUCCUGCGAGCUGGGGGUGGCUCUGCUGGACUGCAGCUGCUCGGCCCCAGACCCGCAGCUGGUGCGCAGGAUCGUGGCCCAGGUGGAGUUCUACCUGUCCGACGAGAACCUGGCCAAGGACACCUUCCUGCUCAAGCACGUGCAGAAGAACAAGAUGGGCUUUGUCAGCAUCAAGCUGCUGACAUCCUUCAAGAAGGUGAAAUACCUGACCCGGGACUGGCGCCUCACCCUGUACGCCCUCAAGUUCUCGGCGCUGCUGGAGGUGAACAAGGAGGGCACCAAAGUCCGGCGGCGGCUCCCCAUCCCCGAGCACCUGCUGAGCGUCCCCCCCAGCAAGCUGCUGGCCUGGGAGCUGCAGCCGCGGCAGCAGGAGCUGCUGCUGCAGGAAACCUUCCUGGAGACCAUCGCGAGGAUGUUCAGCCCCUUCGGAGCCAUCGCCUCCAUCCGCCUGCUGCGGCCGGGCCGCAAGCUGCCCGCGGACGUGCGCAGGUACUCGGGGCGCUUCCCCGAGCUGCUGAGCCGCUGCUGUGCCCUGGUGGAGUACGAGAGCCUGGAGAGCGCCCACAGAGCCUUCGAGAGCCUCGGGCACCGCGACUGGCACGGCGUCAGGGUGGUGCGGCUGUGCGGGAAGGGGGGGAAGAAGAAAGGCGAGGAGGAGCGGGCGGGCUGGAAGGGGCCGGGGGCGGCUCUGAGCUUCCCCCGCAGCCUCGGCGCUUCCCUGGCCGGCAGCUCUCCGGAGUCGGAUGAUGAUGCCUCGGGGUCGCUGUCCCUCCUCCUGAAGCAGGACCUGCUGGCACCGACCUGGCCUGGCGGCGAUUUCACUGCUGGGAAUUCCAGCGCCUUUCCCGGCUGGGGCUGGGACCCGCUCGGGCUGGGCUUGGGCACCGAGAGCGGCCGGGGCAGCGCCGAGGGCUCCUGGACACCCUGGGCCAGCGGGCUCUGCCCUGCGGCCAGCGCUCCUCGCAGCUGAGCCCCGGCAGCGCCCCGGGAGCCCCUCGGCCUGUGGGACCCGGUCCUGCUCCUGCCCCACGGCCCCGAGGGCUCCGGCGGCACCUUCGGGAGAGGAGACCUCGUCCUCCGGCGCUGAGACUCCUUCAGAUUCAGGGUUAGGGUUUAUUAUUUCCUUUCUUUUCCCUUCUUCUCUCGAGCAGAAGAAUUUUCUGUGGCCCUGCGAGCUGCGGGCGGUGGCAGUGCAGCUGAUGCAGGGGACAGAAGUUUUGGGGCGAGGAUGAUGCUCGAGGCAGACGCUGAGCAGCAGCAGGAGCUGGGCCGUGCUGUGCUCGUGCCGCUGGGACUGUGCUUGCUCAGGGCCCAGAGCUGGGUUUGGGGUCCAGGUGUUGGAUGAGAAAUGGGCAAUAAAGAGAGAUUAAGU